CAGACCAGAUGGUACAGCUGUCAGUCGCUCAAAAUCAGUUUAGGUGGAGUAAUGGCGUAGAGGCACUCAUAGUAAAAGUGUGCUCAGCCAAGCAUUGAAACUGAAACUGAAACUCUCAAAAUCAGUUUCUGUUUACUAGUGCUAUUGAGCCUGUUCUUUGUAGCUGCACUGCUGAACUGGUGCAAUAAGUUAGAGUGAGACAAAUAUAUUUUAUUUCACUUUAGCUUAUUGCACCAGUGUAGCAGUGCAGUUGAAAAGAACAGAUCACAGAUCAAUCCCUAAUUUUUGUUAUCAGCAAUGUUAUUAAAAGUUAUCAGUUAAGUGUAUGUUAUAUAAUCACCAGUUUUUCAGUUCAAGCAAAAGAACCUUUCUUCUUAAAGUUGAGAUUGUCUUGUUUUUGCCUACAUAACGAUUAAUCGUGUACUUACCGUCCUAAUUCUCUUUAAACAUUCUUCAUACAAAAUUAAUAAUCAUGACGAAUCAAACUAUAAGCGAUUAUUAUACGAAUCUACAAUAUGAUGAAUUCAACGAAACCGAAGCAAUAAUAAAACUAUUCGAUUUAUCCGAUUAUCCAAUUUGCCAAACUUUUUCAAAACCCGAUUUUUCAUCAAGAUUGAUUAAAGCAGCAAAUAUAAUAAAAAAGAAUUUGCCCCUUUUCCAGUCUUUUUGUGAACAUGUAGAUAUAGUUACUGCUAUUAUUGAAUAUUUAAGAACUUAUGGUAUAAAAUUUAUGCUUCGUAAUGAAAAAAGAGAGGAAAAAUUAAUAUUAAUAUUAAGUACACUUCUUGAUAUAUGUGUCGAAAAUAAUGUGCGAUUAUUCCUAUCGAAGAUUCUCUUAGAAAUUCCCGACCUGGAGAGUUUUGAGAAAAAAAUAUAUAAUCAAGCUUUACCUCAGUACAAUGAAGCAAUAAUUUUUGAAGAUUCCGAUUUUCACCUAGUUAUUAAAGCAUUAAAAAAACAUGAUUUUAAUGUAAUCUGGAUUCAGGAAGCAUUAGCAGCAAAAAUUUUCCCAUCUAUAAGCAAAUCCUUACAUCAAUUCAUUCGUAUAUUUCGAUCAAAGCAGGAGUUACUUGAUUCCACUGUUUCAAAUGUGCGAAGUAUAACAUCUAUAUGGUCAGAAGAUAUUAUAGCUGCAAAGGAUUUAGCAGCAUCUUUAAAUAGAAAUGUUAUAUUUAUUAACACAUUUAUGGAUAUGUGUGGUGGUAUCGUAUCUUUUCCACGUAUAAAAAAAUUGAAUGAAUGUUUUAUAUUAUUACAAAAUAAGCCUGCAAAUGCAAUGAUACCAGAUGCAUCUACACAAGUAUUGUACAACCUAUUUUAUGAUGGCAUGUGGCAAAAACCAGUGAAAAAUACAUAUUGGUUAAGUGAGGAUCAUCUAUUGGCAAAUGCAACUGGUGAUGAUAUUAAAAAAUGUCUUGAUGCAGCUAAAAAAGGAGCUAAAAUUUGGGAUGCUAUAUCUAUUGAUUCUAGAAUAACAAUUUUAUCUAAAUUGGCAGACAUAUUAAAACACAAUAAUAAAUGUGAACUGGCACAAGUGAUAUCAAAAUGGAUAUUAAUUUCACAUUUCUAUGAAAAUUCAAUAAGUCUAUGUUCUCAAAAUGGAAGAUUAGAAAUAACAGUAAAGCAUAAGCCAAGUGGUAUUGUCGCUCUUAAGGGGGAAGAUUUAAACAGUUUGUUUUACCAGUUGACAAUAGCUUUAAUGGCUGGCAAUUCUACUAUUAUGUUAUGUAAUUCAGUGAAUUAUAGUCUGGCACCAUACUGUGAUAUGUUUUCAACAGCAGGGAUACCUCCAGGUGUCAUAAAUAUGUUAUCAAUUGAAAAUGUGGAAAACGUUUUACAGGAUUAUUAUAUUAAUGAAUAUGAUUUAAAAUCACAAAAUAAUCCAUAUACAAUGCUGACUAAAGCUAAAAUAAUUGUACUACCUGUUAAAUAAUUUCAAUAAUCUAUAACAAUUUAAUGUUUCUACAUACAUACACACACAGAUGAUGCAAACAAUAUAUCCAUAUACUUAUUUUAAUAUUACAAUUAUAGUAGGAUGUUUUUUGUCAUAUAUCAAUCUAUGAUGUAAAAAAACUGAUAAUUAAAUAACAGUAUCGCAACAUAUUCUGACUUAUAGUUAUAAAAAAUUCACAAUAUAUCUUGCAUGUUAUUUUAUAACUGCAUACAAAUAGUUACAGAAUUUAAUCAUUGUUUUAAUAUCACAUCAUACUUCAGUAAUAUUUUACAUUUUUAUUAGCAAAUUAUUCAUAUCUUUAAAUAAUUAAUAUGUCAUUUUUUCUAUAUAUUGUAUCUCAGUAAUUAAGAAAAUAAUAUAUAUUUUUUAUAAAGCUCUUUCGUCGCGAGUUGUACUAUACAUUUGUUACAUUGGCAAUUUUAUUUAUUGUAAAAAUGGUAUACGGAGGACUGCUUGAAAUAUAUGUUUAUAUGUAAUAAAGAAUGUUUAUAAAUAUAUGUAUACAGAAAUAUAUCUUAUAAAACUUA